AUGAAGAGAGGAACGCACGGACAUAACAGAGAGAAGAAUGAAGACAGACUCAGUGAUUUGCCCGAUGGUGUUUUACAUCACAUACUCUCCUUUUCCGAUGCCAAACAAGCUGUUCAAUCUUGUAUACUCUCAAAAAGAUGGAAAAAUCUUUGGAAGACUCUUCCGACACUUAAAUUAACUUCUAGACAGUUUACAACUCGCAGGGCUUUCACCAAAUUUGUGUCUCAUAUAUUGUCCCACCGCGAUGCUUCAACGUCACUGUAUACCUUUGAUUUUCACCGUGCAGGUUUCAUUGCGCCUCAACUACUCAAAAGGAUUUUGAAAUAUGCUUUUUCACACAAUGUCCAGCAAUUACAAAUCAAUACGAGUUGUCGUGACCUAAUAUUUCUACCUUCCUUCGUUUCAUGUCACACUUUAACAUCUCUUAAUCUUUGUUUUAACUUGUAUGGUGUGCGAACAGUAUUUCCUAAUUCUCUGAAUUUGCCAGCACUGACCAACUUGUGUCUACAAUACUUUAUCUUUUAUGUUAACGAUGAUGGCCAUGUCGAUCCAUUUUCGACAUUAAACAGAUUGAAUAGUUUGAACAUUUACCAUUGUAUGGUUCGUGGUAAUCAAACUCUCUGUAUAUCGAAUGCCACACUUGCCGAUUUGAAAAUAAACGAUGACAGUUAUGAUGGGAGGAUGAAGUUUUUUGAGUUAUCUACUCCAAGUCUUUGUACCUUUGUUUAUUGUGGUACUCCUUAUCAGAAACUUUGUGGGAAUUUGAGCAAUCUCUCUUCUGUCAAACAUGUAGAGAUCAUUGUUGCAUAUUGUUGUAAUUACAUACCUAAGAAUACUUCUUUAGUUCUACUGAAUUGGCUAAUUGAGCUUCCUAAUGCAGAAUCAUUGACAAUUUCUCUGAAUACUUUGAAGGUACUCUCCUUAGUUCCUGAUUUAUUAAAGGUUGAAUUCCCUUCAUUGUAUUGCUUGAAGUCACUAAAAGUAGUAAAGGACCCUUCUUCUGCAUCCAUACCAGAGGAAAUAGUGAACUUUUUGAUUCAAAAUGCACCAUCAGCAAAAGUUGACACAUUACCUUAG